AUGGAGUCUCUCAAUCUCAACAUUCUUGCCAACUCUUUGCCUCCAUCCAACCUCGCCAACGCCGAGAAGGACCUGACGAACAAUUUUAAAGCUGCCGCACUCGCCCUCACUACACUCUAUCGCUCCUCGCGUCGCACAUCUAAGCGAGCGUACAAUGCAGGAUAUGCCACAGCAUGCCAGGAUCUCCUCCUCAUGAUUCAGCAGGGCGUCUCCGCCGGCGACUCAAGCGACUCAACAGGGCACGGCAUGACCAUCGGCAGGAUCAUGGACUAUAUUGAGGCUCGCCUCGAGGCUAUCAAGUCACGCGAGGAAGAGGAGGAUGAGGACGAGGAGAAGGAGCGGGAGCGAGCGAAGCCGACUGCCACCGCGAGCAAUGUUCCGCUGACGGGGUCGGCGGCACCACGAUCUACCGGCGCGAAGCCUUCCGGUGGCUCUGUCGUACCUGCUGCUGUUGCUCGGAGAGCAGACGUCGUGAGUACCAGCACCUUGAUGGCUCUCCAAUGUCCUGACCGUCAUCAGUCCAACAUUGCGCCCCUUACCCCGGAUACCUCCUCUGACGACUCAAGUCCACUCGUGGCUCCUCUAUCUCCCUCUCGUCCCUCCAUUCCACACUUGCCGCAGUCUUUCCCUCUCGGUCUGCCCCUCCAACGGACAUCCAAGAACCGUUUCCUCGCCAUUUCCAAUGCCAAUCCCAAGGAGCCACCCACCGUUGCUGCGUCCUUCCCCUUCCCCGCACCCAGCACCGCUGUCCUCCCACCACCUCCGAGCGCUGGUUUUCAUCUGCCAACACGUUCCGCAUCUCCCGGUCUCACUCCCUCCCUUCCCCAUCCUUCGUCGGAAUCGACCGUUGGUACGAAGCGCCGGCACAACAUGAUGCUUGACUCUUCUGCGCCGACUACUGCUUCCGAGACACCAUCAAGUUCGUCGAUCCCGCGCCGAAGGACCCGUAGCGCGCGUGUGAUCGUGCCACAGCAUCAAGACCAGAACCAGAACCAUGUCCAAGGCUCGGACGCAAUGGAUGUUGAGGAAGAAGGCGGACGCGAGCGCAAGCGCGUCGCGCGACGAUGA